UUUCUCUCAAUAUACAAUGUAAAACGCAAAACCUUGAGCAACAAGACAACUGUAUCUGGACGCACAGAAGAACCACAAAGCGAAAAUAAGGAACAGAGGACAACAAGUGAAAGACCUUGGAGUAGCUUACUAGAGAGCACCGCACGAAUUUCAGCUGUUCAACAACUUCAUAAUUUCUGUUACCGCGUGAGCAGGACAAUAUGAAUCGUGAAAGAGAAACGUUGAUGGAUGAAAUUGAAGAGAGUUUAUGGACUUUAACAGAGGACAAUUUACGCUCCCUUUGUGAAUGCAGUGGAAUAGGUGGCAAGGACGGAUCCGAAAUUAAAGGAAAGAAUCAACGAGCACUACGGCGUAAAAUCAUGGAGGAAACAUGGGAAAAUGAGGAUUUAAUGAAAUCUGAAGAUCGGGGAAUGUCAUGGUUACUCCAACUGAAAGAGGACAUCAAAAGGAUACAGGAUGCUGGGGGUGUGGCCUCCAGACAAUCAGCGUCAGCGCAUGUGGACGACGGAGCACAAGGAAACUGCAACGCAGAACGUAAAGAGGAUGGAGGGAAUCUUUAUAGUUACCAGAACAACCCUCACCUGUCCCCCUUCCAAGAAUCCCCGGGUAGUGCUUCACUUGGACUCGAAAGCAGGAAAACACCAGGGCUGAGUGGAACGGUGAAAGGAGGAGAAGAGGAGGAGGAGGAGGAAGAUUUGAUUGAGGCAGCAGGGAAGAGUGUUAAAAAACGCCAGCCGAAACGCACAGUGAAGAAACCCCACUGCUGCUCAGACUGCGGCAAAAGCUUCAGUCACAAAAGUCAUUUGACUGUUCACCAGCACACACACACCGGAGAGAAGCCUUACCACUGUACGCAGUGCGAGAACAGUUUCUACUGCUCAUCUUAUCUGAUAUCACACAUGCGAACGCACACCGGUGAAAAGCCCUACCGCUGCUCUGACUGUGGGAAGAGGUUUGGCCAAUCGAACGCCCUGAAGCUACACCGCAUGCGAAGGCACACCGGUGAGCUGCCAUUCUCUUGUUUAGAGUGUCCGAAACGUUUCGUCACGUCGGCACACUUGAAAUCCCACCAGAGAGUCCACACGGGAGAGAAGCCCUACCACUGCUCGGACUGCGGGAAGAAUUUCUCCCACUCGAGCGCCCUGAGACUCCACCAGAAAACCCACAGCGGAGAGAAACCUUUCAUCUGCGAAUGUGGAAAGAGCUUCAUUAACUGGGCCCACUUAAACUCCCAUCAAAGAUCCCACACCGGUGAGAAGCCUUACUGCUGCGAGCAGUGUGGCAAGUGCUUCUCUGAAUCCGGCACCCUGUCAAAUCAUCAGAGAACCCAUACUGGGGAGAAGCCUUACAGCUGUGAUCAGUGUGGGGAGAGGUUCGCUCAGUCGGGAUCUCUGACGAUCCACCAGAGGACACACACAGGAGAGAAGCCCUAUGCCUGCGAUCAGUGUGAGAAGAGGUUCAUUACCUCUAGCCACCUGAGACGCCACCAGAGGACUCACACUGGAGAGAAGCCUCACCUCUGUGAUGAAUGUGGCAAGAGCUUCACGCGGGCCGGAGCCCUGGCGAGCCACCGCAAAACACACAGCGGAGAGAAACCCUACAGCUGUGAUCUGUGUGGGAAGAGUUUUGUUCAGUCUGGGCAGCUGACGAGCCACCAGCGCACACACACAGGAGCCAAGCCGUAUGGCUGCGAUCAGUGUAGUGAAAGAUUCACUCAAUCAGCCACCCUGGCCAAUCAUCAACGAACACACACGGGAGAGAAGCCCUAUGGUUGUAAUCUAUGCGAGAAGAGCUUCGCUCAGUCGGGGCACCUAAAAAGUCACCAGAAAGCCCACGCCAGAGGAGGAAUGUGUCCUCUUCCAACCCUCUCCUCUCCGACAUCUGUUCCGGUACCUUCUGUAAGUUCUAAAUGGUCCAAAACUCAGCUGCCGGACUCCUCAGCCACACCAAGUUCUGAAACUACAUCACCAGUGUUCUAUGUGAACACUGGCUACCCGCUACACACAGCACCUUCUACUACUAAACCCCCUUAUUGACCUGUUUUCUGAACCAGUGGUUGUCAAACCUCUCCUCAGGGACGUUUUGUGUAUUUGAUCUAUUCCAGAACUAGUACACCUCAUUCAACUAGUCAACUAAUCCUAAAGCCCUUGACUAGGUGAACCAGGUGAGCUACUUCAGGAAUAUAACAAAGUUGUGAAACGUUGGGGUGUCCAAGGAGAGGUUUGGAAAACACUGCUCAACACUGUGGACACUAUGGGGUGGUUUCCCGGACACAGAUUAUAACUUAAAAAAUAAUUUAAUAGAGAUUCUCCAUUGAGCUUGUUUUUUUAGUUAAGGGCUAGGGUAGUGGGGUAAUAUUUAUCAUAAAUGCAUAUAUUAUAUAUACCUCACAUGCGACUCGUAAUAAGAGAACAACAAAAAAGCCCAUUUUAAUUCAUUAUCUGACUCCAUAAGAUAAAUGCCAAUAUGCAAGAGACUAUAGUUAGUGUUACAAGACAUCCUUCUAGGCAUGGUCAGAGAGAGAAAGAGGGAGACAAAGUAACCAUGGCCCAUAGUUCAUGGGAGAGAGAAAGAGGGAGACAGAAACCAUGGCCCAUAGCUCAUGGGAGAGAGAAAGAGGGAGACAGAAACCAUGGCCCAUAGCUCAUGGGAGAGAGAAAGAGGGAGACAGUAACCAUGGCCCAUAGCUCAUGGGAGAGAGAAAGAGGGAGACAGAAACCAUGGCCCAUAGCUCAUGGGAGAGAGAAAGAGGGAGACAGUAACCAUGGCCCAUAGCUCAUGGGAGAGAGAAAGAGGGAGACAGAAACCAUGGCCCAUAGCUCAUGGGAGAGAGAAAGAGGGAGACAGAAACCAUGGCCCAUAGCUCAUGGGAGAGAGAAAGAGGGAGACAGAAACCAUGGCCCAUAGCUCAUGGGAGAGAGAAAGAAAUGGAGAGAGUAUCUCACCACAGCAGUUCAGGAACCAAAAAAGAGAGAGGCAAUGAAUGUAAGACCUUUUAUAAUGUCAGAGCUGUUUGAAUUCAAAAACUGAGUUGUUGACCAAUAGCAUUACUGUAAAGCUAACCUCCAAUCAGAUAUCGUACCUACAGACCUGUAAAGACAACAGAACCCCUGACAAUGGGGUUGGAGAAUAACACAGAUAAGACGACACAGAGGACAUUCUGGCUUACAGUCGAUAAGAAGGGUCUGGCCUGCCCUGAACUAGUAUUAAGCGUUGUCUCGGAAACCGGCUCUAUGGGCUAAACAACAUCAUACUGACCUGUUUCAAUGUCAUAGAACAUGUCAUAGUGAACUGUGUGUGUGUGUGUGUGGG